AUGGAGCUGAUCUUCGAAAGUGCUCAUCAAAACAACCCACUCCGGAUCCCAUACAUUUUGAUGAGCAAGGCAAAGGGCAAGACGUUGGACACAUAUUGGGGCGGAAUAAAUAUUCCUCCUCGUCCGGAUUCACUCGAAAUACACAAAGUCAUGUUUCAACUGGGCCACAUUGCAUGGAAGCUUGCCCAAGUCCGGUUUACCAAAAUUGGAUCUCUAUUCGAACAAAACGGAUUUUUUGUGAUUGGGGAAUGCCUAUCAAAAGCUCACAUUUUACACCAGAGACAUUGCUUGAGUGGAAUUGUUCGUGGACCUUAUGCCAAUGAGCGUGAGCUUUACAUCAGCCUCAUAGCGCUCUUGAUCAAGCACGCUUGCAACCUCCCGUUGUUGGAACAUUGCUUCGCUGCACCGGCACCAUCCAAGGAAGACUACCCUAACAAGCAUCAGUGGCAUGAUGCCCGCGAUCUUUGGAAUGACUUUCUCAACGUUAGAAAAAAGACUGAUGGAGCCGCGAACAGAGUUGAUUAUGUUAUUGCUGGCCAGGCGCGCAGCUUUUUGAUUCCCCAGUAUGCCAGCAAAUGGUCUGGAGUUACUACAUCUCCGGCCAGCUUUCCACUCUGCCACUCAGAUCUCACUACGAACAACAUAUUCGUUGACGACGAGUACAAUAUUACGUGUAUCAUUGAUUGGGCAUUUACCACAACUGUGCCUCUUCCUUUGCUUCUUUUACCACCAGGGCUUCCACAGUCUUGA